AUGCCACCAACACUCCUCAGCCUCCCGAGCAAGCUUCUCCAAGCUAUCGCGGACCAAGUCUCCUUCGAGCACGACCUCAAUGCUCUCACUCAAAGCCACCCUCGACUUGAUGAAAUCCUAACUCCCUACAUUAGAGCUCGCAAGGACCGCCAGGAGCGCAGUAAGCUCCUCAUCUUCGCCAUAAAAAGCUCCAAACCACCUCAGCUGUCUCAGCUGCUGCUCCGAGAUGGCGCCGACCCGACAGUGCGAGUGGAAAUGGAACAAGGCAAGACGGCGCUUCAUUUUGCCGCGGAGACAGGGCAGACCGUGGUUGCGCGCGUCUUACUAGCCCAUCAACGUAGCCUACUAGACAUCCGUGAUGGGAUAGGGCAGACACCUCUCAUGUGUGCCGCCAAGGGUGGUCACGAAGCCGUGGUGCGCACACUGCGUUCUACAAAGUAUGGGCCGGCAGAUGUAGCCUUGCGUGACUGCAAGAAGCGGAGUGCUCUCUGGUAUGCAGCCCAUGGUGGCAAUGUCACUAUUGUGCAGAUGUUGCUGGAUACAGGAAAGAUUGAUCCCAAGUGUGCGGAUUUUGAUGGGCUAACUCCAUUUGCAUGUGCUGCGCGUGAGGGUCAUUCGCUAUAUGGGCAUGCCGAGGUGGUUCAGCUAUUGCUGGCGACAGGCAAGGUGCAGCUUAAUGCCAGGGAUAGAAGCGGAAUGACACCUUUAAUGUGGGCGGCGAAAUGCCGGCGGAUUCCUGUUGUCAAGCUCUUGCUAUCAACAGGGCAGGUGCAGGUCGAUUUCGAUCUGAGAGAGUUGAGGAAGGGGGCCUCACUUUUUGGAUUAAGAGAAGAAUCGGAUCUGCCUCUUCUUGAGCUUCUCAAUGCGUACAAGAGAGACAAUUCAUAG